AUGACUUUUGUAAAAAGAGAAUUUCUGAGAAUCAGUGGAAAAGAAUCAAACAUUACUGCCAUCGUUCAACACCCUUUACUUGAUCGAGUUCAUCAAGGAAGCCCAGUCUCUCUACGUUGUUCAGUCCUCUUUAACACUCAAGAUCAAACUUGCUCAACAGAUCAUAAGGUUUUCUGGUUCCUAGAUGCAUCAGAUAGAUCUGAUCCCAGUUUAAUUUAUGCUCCUGAAAACCAUAGUAAUGAAUGUAAGAACCAUCCUGAGGAUCAUUCUGAGCGUAAAUGUAUCUAUAGCUUCUCGAAGAACAUCACUGCUUCUGAUGUUGGGACUUACUACUGUGCUGUGGCCUCCUGUGGAGUGAUUUUGUUUGGAAAUGGAACCAAACUGGACAUGGAAGGUCCCAGCAUGUCAGAUUUGCAGAAAGCAAAUGUAGUUUUUAUUGUGUUAUGUGUCAUUUUGUCUGCAAGUGUGACUGUUGUAUUCGUUCUCACUUUCAUCCUCAUGAAGAAAACCUUUCACUGUUCAAAUGAUGCUAAGGGGCGUCAUGAUGAUCAGCAAAUUCAGCAGAGAGAUGAGGACUUGUUGGAAUACAGCGCUCCCACAUUCACCAAAAGGAAAGCUCCCAGAACAGAGAAAAGAAACAAAGAAACAUCGGAGGCUGUCUACAGUGGUGUCAAUGGAUGAGUGUUUGAUUAAUAAUUUCUUCAUAAAUAUGGUUGCUUCUUUCUUCAAUUCUUUGAAAACUGUUUAACCAGACCUUAUUUUGCCUGUACAAAAGCAAACAAUUCAUAAAGGUGAAAACUUUAAGUCUUAUUGUUAAAAACACCAGGUUUUCUUCUUAUUUUUUCAUUGCUCAGCAAAGUUGUACUUCUGCGUAACUCCCUGAUGUAUACUGAGUUAUGAAUCAAUUAAAACAGUAUUAUUAAUUACAUGUGUUUAUGUGUAACUGAUUUUUUUUUU